CGUGCUGUAGAUGCAGUAGCAGAAGCAAGGCAUUGAUGGAGAACAAAAGCUCCGUGCUCUACCUCGCCACAUUUGAAGCCCCGUACCCUGUGCAGGUGCUGAUAUUCAGCCUGUGCCUUGCGAUGUACCUAACUAUAACUGCAGCCAAUCUGCUGGUGCUUUUGAUGGUGGCAGUUUCCACAGACUUACACAAGCCCAUGCACAUAUUUCUGUGCAAUCUUGCGAUUGGCGACAUCAUUGGCAGUACAAGUGGCUUUCCCAAACAGCUGCACAUCCUCCUGACGGGAAACAGAGAGAUUCUGUACCUGGCAUGUGUCGCACAGAUGUUCACAGAUCACAUAUUCAUCCUAAAUGAGGUUUUUACAUUGGCUAUUAUGUCUGUUGAUCGCUACCUAGCCAUCUGCUACCCAUUGCACUACCACACCAAUGUUACAGUAAAGAGAUCCAUUUUCGCGGCAUUACUGUCCUGGAUGAUUGCAAUGGUUGCAGUCAGCGUUCAAGUGAUCCUAAUCCUUCAAGUUACAUUGAAGGAAAACGACAGACAAAUCCAGGGUAUAGCAUGCGACAAUAUGGGAAUAUCAAAGUUAGCCCUCGGUGACGUGAGCAAAGUAGAAUCUUACGGAUUAUCAAUGAUCGUGAUGUGCAUUGGCGUUCCUCUCUGUAUCAUUGCGUACACCUACGUUCGGAUUAUUGUCGUAUGCAAGCGCUCGAGUUCCUCCGAGUUCAGGACAAAGGCUCUGCACACAUUUGGCACGCAUUUCAUGGCACUCGCCGUCCUUUUCACGUCCAUAUUUCUAAACGUCCUCGUGCCGCGCUUUGUGAAGGAUGCGAACAAUGAAAGCACACGAAACCUGAGAUCCGCCAGUCAAUUGGUAUUCUUUGUCAUCCCCGCUGCGAACGUGCUCAUUUACUGCCUGCGCAUGAGUGAGCUGAGGAUCGCAAUUGAUAAGCGGUUCAAGAAGAUCUCGCGUAAGAUGCAUUUCUGUCCGACGAUGAAAGUUCAUGUUUUCGGUCGCGGUUGAAUCAUGUCUUACGCCAAGUAUAGAAGUCCCAAUUUUUGUUCACGUAGCGAGUACAAACUUGUAUUAACACUACCGAGUGCACAUUUGAUGGCACAACGUACA